ACCAGUUGGAAAGGCAUGUAAAUGCUCCGUUCAUACUGAUAUCGGUUAAAGUUAGUACAGCUACUGAACAAGACACAUCGUUGUAUUUCGGAUUAUAAAUACUGGUAUAUAGUGAUCUACUGCACAUAUUGUUGUGAAAAGGAAAUUUAUGGAUAAAAUUAUUACAAUGAAAGAUUACAGAAGAAAUAUAUCAGUGGAUUCCGAUACAGAUAUGUCUGGGGAUGAAUGUACAGAAACUUUUCAAGAUUUGAUCUAUAUUGCGAAUAAAGAAGGGCGUCUUGUGAAAGGAGUAUUCGAAGCAGCGCACGUUCUUGAAUUAUGUUCAGAUAUCGUGAAGUUGUGCAUCUUACCAAGUGGACCAAGCAGAAACAUAUCGACGCACAUACAACAUAAACUCAUUGAGGCAUAUUGUUUAGAAAAUGACAUCAAAAUCAUAGAGAUUAAUGACUUUAAUAGUAUGUGUAUUCAUAGAAAUAAGACUAUAGACACGAAUGGCAUUGACUGUGCUCUUGUAACAAGUAAAUCAUUUCAAGAAGAAGUUGAAGCCAACCAAAAUGAGUAUAAGGAUAACAGCGGAUGAAAUACAGUCGAAAUAUAUGUAUUGAAAUGGGCAACCAAAACCCAUCUUAUAAAACCAUGGAUGCAAAUAUGUACAAAAAUGAACCAGACCGACAUCAGGCGAAAACCGGUCUAGACAAUUGGCACUGGCCGCCUGAAACCGGACAUCA